AUGAAUAAUAUGUCUUUAAGUGAUAUCUUCGAGAGGUUUGACACGAGCAAAGAUGGUAAGAUCUCUUGGGAAGAGUUUCGUGACGCGAUUCAUGCUCUCUCUCCAUCUAUCCCUUCAGAAAAACUCGUCGAGAUGUUCAUCCAGCUUGACACGAAUGGAGAUGGUCAGGUCGAUGCGGCCAAAUUCGCUUCGUGCAUGGACCAAACAGCUCAGUCUAGUGGUGGUGACGUGGAAAAAGAGUUGAAGGAUGCUUUUAAACUAUACGAUAUUAAUUGUGAUGGGAAGAUAUCGGCCAAUGAGUUACAUGUGGUGAUGACUCGGCUUGGAGAGAAGUGUACGGUCGAGAGCUGCGUAGGGAUGGUUCAAGCUAUCGAUGUAGAUGGUGAUGGUUAUAUUAGAUUCGUAGGAGUUUAA